CGUCUCGUGAGCGCAGCGCUGCGUGGGGAACUAAUGACCACUGGGCUCGCCCGUGGGCGGCGCUUCACGCAGCAGGUUUGUGUGUGUCUCUACAGCAGCAGUGAGACAGACAGACGGACCGGAGAAGACUGGAGCAAAUGAGCGCGGAGAGACGCUGAAUGCGUGACAGAGACAGGGAGAGUCUGCUCGGGGAAAUCACAUUCGCGUCUUUGGACAGAGAUUUAGCCACGCCCACAGCUGAAGAUGUCAGACAAUGGGGAAGUAGAAGACAAGCCGCCAGCUCCGCCCAUGAGAAACACCAGCACCAUGAUUGGCUCGUCCGGUAAAGACUCAGGCCCGUUGAAUCACGGCUCCAAACCCCUGCCGCCCAACCCGGAGGACAAGAGGAGAAAAGAAGGCUUCAUCCGAUCCAUACUCACCGGAGGAGGAGACAAGACCAAUAAGAAGAAAGAGCGUCCGGAGAUCUCUCUGCCGUCGGACUUUGAGCACACCAUCCAUGUUGGCUUUGACGCCGUCACUGGAGAGUUCACUGGCAUGCCUGAGCAGUGGGCACGGUUGCUCCAGACGUCCAACAUCACCAAACGCGAGCAGAAGAAGAAUCCUCAGGCCGUUCUGGAUGUGCUUAAAUUCUACGACUCUAAAGAAACAAACAACAGCCAGAAAUACAUGAGCUUUACAGAUAAAGGUGCGGAUAGCUACAGCUCUUCCAACGCAGUGAACUCCAGGACCGUUUCCGAGACCCCUGCCGUGGCCACCGUUUCUGAGGAUGAUGAUGAGGAUGAAGCCACGCCUCCACCCAUCGUCGCACCCCGUCCCGAACACACCAAAUCUAUUAAGAAGCGAGGCUCCUCUGCCUCCUCCCCCCAUCUGUGUCUCUUCAGUUUUCAUUUUUUGUGGCGUUUUGUUUUUCUUGAAAUAACAUGUGACCUCCACUCCACAGGAAGUAUAGUCAGCGUGGGCGACCCGAAGAAGAAGUACACGCGAUUUGAGAAGAUUGGCCAGGGGGCGUCUGGAACGGUCUACACAGCCAUAGACAUCGCCACGGGACAAGAGGUGGCCAUCAAACAGAUGAACCUACAGCAGCAGCCCAAGAAAGAGCUGAUCAUCAACGAGAUCUUAGUCAUGAGGGAAAACAAGAACCCCAACAUCGUCAAUUACCUGGACAGUUACCUGGUGGGAGACGAGCUGUGGGUGGUGAUGGAGUAUCUGGCCGGAGGCUCCCUGACGGACGUGGUGACGGAGACGUGUAUGGAUGAAGCGCAGAUCGCCGCCGUCUGUCGGGAAUGUCUCCAAGCGCUGGAGUUUCUGCACUCGAGUCAGGUCAUUCACAGAGACAUCAAGAGCGACAACAUUCUCCUGGGCAUGGACGGCUCCGUCAAACUCACUGAUUUCGGCUUCUGCGCUCAGAUCACUCCUGAACAGAGCAAGCGAAGCACCAUGGUUGGGACGCCCUACUGGAUGGCCCCGGAGGUGGUGACCCGCAAGGCGUACGGCCCCAAAGUGGACAUCUGGUCCCUGGGCAUCAUGGCUAUCGAGAUGAUCGAGGGCGAACCGCCGUACCUCAACGAAAACCCUCUGAGGGCUCUGUAUCUCAUCGCCACCAAUGGAACGCCGGAGCUGCAGAACCCAGAGAAACUCUCAUCCGUGUUCCGGGAUUUCUUAAACCGCUGUCUGGAAAUGGACGUGGAGAAGAGAGGUUCUGCCAAGGAGCUCUUACAGCACCAGUUCCUGAAAGCGGCCAAGCCUCUGUCCAGCCUCACGCCGCUGAUCAUAGCAGCCAAAGAGGCGGCCAAAAACAACCGCUAGCCUCUACGGGACGACUCCCGGCCCCACCUGUCCUCCGCCCCGACCCCCAGAGCUCCCCGUCAGCCGUCUCUCUCUCUCUCGCCCCGCGCAGGAGCUCUCAUGCCGAGGGUUCAUCCGCCCCUCGCCCUCUACUGCUGAUGUUUUAGGGUCCGAGGGGCGUCUGCGCUCACUGCUGUGGUCACCGAAAAAGAUGACUCUGAAUGAUGACAUCACUGGAAACAAAGGGCCACGGUGCGUCAGGCCCAAAGCAUUAUGGGGGAUUUCCCCCGGCUGACUCUCUCUGGGUCUCACUGUCAGUUUUUCUGUUGCUUUUUUUUUUUGUCGUUUACUUUUGUGUUCAGAUCAUGGGAACAUGAUUGAUGUUUUCAUGUGUGUAUUUGUUGGGGUUUUCGUUCAUUUUAUAAUGUUUUCUGUGUGUGUGUGUGUGAGCGAGUGUGUGUGCGUUCGCCGGGUCAUAGAUUAGCUGAGAUUGCGACAGAAAGAUCUCGUCUGAUGUACGUUUUUUUGAUAUUGCAACAGACUAUUGAUUAAGGUACUAUGAAGGAUGCUUGUGCAUGAAGAGACUGCAUUUCUGAUGAUGAAACUAUCACCUGAGGUCCAUUCUGUCCCAUAAUUCCUCCACAUGUCGGAAACCCAACAAAACAUGACUGCAUUACGAUGUUUUGUGUUUGCCAUAAACAUUAAUAGAAUUGAAAUGUUCUGAUAUUACGUUCACGUACCCUUGGGCCUUAAACUGUGACGUGAAUAGUAGGACGUAUGAAGACGGCACAACACACGAAGAUGCAAUCUGUCACCAUUCGGAUUCUUUCAGUGGACUGAUGGGAUUUAUUUAGAAGAGAAUCUUUCCUGUAAGCAAUCAGUGUGUUUCUGCGAACCAUAAACUCUUUAUAAGGCCUUUUGAUGAAUUGAAAUUCUUAAUUGAAAUGGGACGAAUAAACUUCAGAAUGAAUUACAGUGUCCAGGUGAUCUUUUCGUAAAUGCGGUGUUGCUAAAUGUGUCCCAAAAUGCAAUGCUCUCAACUUGA